AUGAGUGACAGAAGAACCCCUCGCACCUGUUUCUCGCACCUUGCACACCCGGGAUCAACAUGGAGGUAGGCCUUGAUAACUGGGUGGACAUUCUGGUCAUCGCCCUGUACUUCGUGUUCGUGAUGCUGGUCGGACUUUGGUCUAUGUGCAGAAAGGAGAGAAAUACAACCAAAGGUUACUUUCUAGCGGGCCGCUCUAUGACAUGGUUUCCUAUUGGUGCUUCGUUGUUUGCCAGUAACAUUGGGAGCGAACAUUUCGUUGGUCUUGCAGGCAGCGGGGCGGCUGGUGGAAUCGCUGUUGUAGCAUUUGAAUGGGGUGCGUCACUUUGUCUUCUGCUACUAGGAUGGGUCUUUCUGCCUAUCUACCUAUCAUCCGGGUUGUUUACCAUUCCUGAGUAUCUUUCUCGGCGUUUUGGGGGUAAUCGACUGAGGAUCUACCUAAGCUUGCUCGCCCUGUUUCUGUAUAUAUGUACCAAAAUAUCGGUCGAUAUAUACGCCGGUUCAGUGUUUGUUCAACAGUCCUUAGGAUGGAACACGUAUAUUUCUAUAGCAGCCAUACUGGCCGUUACUGCGAUUUAUACUGUCGUAGGAGGUCUCGCCGCGGUUAUUUUCACAGACACCUUACAAACCAUCAUAAUGUUGACUGGUUCUGUUGUUUUGGCAAUAAUGGGGUUUGUGAAGGUUGGAGGCAUAGAUGGCCUGAUGGUCAAAUAUUUUGAAGCUGUUCCAAAACAAUACGCGGAUUCCAAUGCCACGUAUGUACAUAACAUAACGUAUUCCAACAGUUCCUGUGGACUGCCCCGUGACGACGCCUUUCAUAUUCUAAGAGACCCUUUGACCUCUGAUCUUCCGUGGCCAGGAGUCUUGGUCCGUUCUACGUUUGUCUCCAUGUGGUAUUGGUGUGCUGAUCAGGUAAUUGUACAAAGGACAUUGGCAGCUAAAAACAUUGGCCAUGCAAGGGCUGCAACGCUAAUGGCCGGGUAUUUGAAGUUUUUACCUCUCUUUUUAAUCAUCAUGCCUGGAAUGAUAAGUCGAGUAUUGUUUCCAGACACGGUUGGCUGUGCUGAUCCAGACACUUGCAUGAAGGUCUGUGAAAAUCCCUCCGGUUGUUCCAAUAUUGCAUAUCCAUCCCUUAUCUUAGGACUAGCUCCAGUAGGCAUGCGCGGUUUGAUGAUGGCUGUGAUGCUGGCUGCUCUGAUGAGUUCUCUAACUUCCGUUUUCAACAGCGCCGCCACUGUGUUCACUAUGGAUAUAUGGAGACGUGUGCGGAAACAGGCAACCGAGAGGGAGCAGCUAAUCGUCGGAAAAGUGUUUGUAGUGGUACUGGUGGGUAUCAGUAUCUUAUGGAUCCCUUUGAUAAAGGCGGCUCAACAAGGACAGUUGUUCCUUUACAUACAGGCCUUAACAGGCUACAUAGCUCCACCGAUCUGCUCUGUAUUUCUGCUGGCUGUAUUUGUGCCAAGGGUCACAGAAAAGGGAGCGUUCUGGGGCAUGAUGGUGGGGCAGGUGAGUGGAUUGAUAAGGAUGGUCCUGGACUUCGUGUAUCCAUCCCCUGGCUGUGGGCAACCCGACCAUCGUCCAGCUGUAGUUGCCAAAGUCCAUUUUACUUACUUUUCCGCGUUGCUCCUGAUUUUAACAGCUUUGGUUGUGGUUUUCAUCAGUCUUCUCGAAAAACCUCAAAGAAACAAAUCGAGUAAAGGGUUGACUUUUUGGACGGUUGAGCGUGUGCGACCUCCACCGAAAAAUGAACCAGACAUUCCGAAAACAUUGCAACGGCCAGCAAGAGUUACACCCCCUGACGAUUAUGUGACCUAUCCUAUGAGAAAAAUUGUAAACGAGGCGUACCACAGUGAUGAUAAUGUUGACGAUCAAAAGGUGACAUCAGUGGAUGACAUUAAACAAAAUGGUGAACCGAACCGCAUCCAGGAACAGACUGCCGAAACAAAUCACAUAGAGAGUGAGCGUCCUCUACUCAGACGCACCAAGUCCAAUCGGGACGCUGUGUUUGACAAGGUCGUGAGGCAGAGCAAGACAGAAGAGACUGUGACCGACUACAGGUUGACGAGUGGGAGCGAGGGCAAUGAGAACGCAGACGACAAUGACGGCGUUACUGUGGAGCUGAGAAACAAGAGGAUCCGUGUCAAAAAAAGUUCCUAUGCCAGUGAUAUGUCUUUGGAGAUACAUUCGGAAUUCCUCAAACGAAAAAGCGAAGUGGAGAAAGCGAAGGAACUGGAGAGAAUUCAAGAACUUGAAAGACAAAUAGAGCUAGAGAAACAGAGGGAAAUCGAACGUCAGAGGGAAAUUGAGAGAAGGGAGUUGGAGAGGAUAAAGGAAUUUGAGAGACAGAAGGAGUUAGAGAGAAUUCGAAUUCAGGAACUCCAACGCCAAGAACUGGAAAGGACCAGAAGGCUGGAGUUAGAAGCCAGAGAGAAAAGCGUGGACCCGGUGCAAGAGGUGAUGAGAAAGAAACUUUACAUAGAUUCCAAGUUUGACUUUUUUCUGAAUCUGAAUGCCAUUAUAUUAAUGUGCGUGUUUGUGUUUUUGUACUGUAUCUUCGCAUGAACAAAUACCAUUUAUUGAUGCUCUUUUUCAUUUACUUACGUAUAUUUUAUCAGUUAUCUGGUUGUUUAUAGAUACUUGGACACGAUUUAGAUCAAAAUUUUAUUUUUAUUUUUUUUACGUAUAAAAUGGUUUACUUGCUCAUUUUGAAUUAUUGACCAAAAUUUGAACAUUAAAAUUUCAGUUAUGAGAGAGAUACAGAGGAAAGAAAUUACUGUUAUGUAAACAUAGCUCGAGUCUUAUAUUUGUUUACAAAUAAUGUAAAGUAUGGAAUUACCAUUUUUUAAUGCAAAUGACUCGUGGCAAACAAGGUAAACCGAUUCAAUAUGUUCAUAGAUAAUAUGAUAAACAGAAAAAAGCAACAUUUGAUCGAGACUUAUACCAGUAAAACACAUUUGUAAACUAUAACAAAGCUCGGGCUUUGUUUACAAAACAAAGAUUUUCAAACGCUGUAUCUUGCUUAUAACUCAAUAUUUGACUUUCAAACUUCGACAAAGCAUUAAAAGUACCCAAAUUAACAAUUCUUAAUAACAUAAAAAUUGGAAAAAUAAAAUUUUAAAUUUUGAGCUCAAAUCGUGUCCAAGUCCAAGUAUUUAUUGUAGUAGAGAUGAUUCACUGUUAACCAAUAUUAUUUUCAUACGUGUACUUUGCAAUUUGAUGCGACCUUUCCCUCUCUACAUAAUUAUGUUAAUAAUAAUAUUUACGUUUUUACAUGUAUAUCCAACGUCACUUUAUAAAUGCAAUUUAUUAAAUUCACUGAACUGUCCAAAAUGUAGAGACAUGUGAGACCAUGUUUGUGUACAAAGAGAUAUUUUCUCGAAUAAAUUAUUAUGCAAUUUAAAA